AUGAAACUUGUAUUGAUCGCAUAUUAUAGUCUUACAGUUUUUUUUGCUGGAUACCGUAAAAAUAACGAGAAAAACAUAUACAGUAAGAAGACAUUUGUCUUGAACUGCGAAUUAUGGAUAAACUGAAGAAAGUCCUUAGUGGUCAGGAUAAUGAGGAAAGAAGCAGCUUUGAACAGGCAAUAGAAACACAUUCUCUAAGCUGGGGCACAAGGAUAAAAGGCUUUAUUGCAUGUUUCGUGUUUGGAAUUGUUUGCUCCAUUUUGGGUACAUGCCUCUUAUGGUUAUCCAGUAAUGGAACAACACUUUUUGCAAUUUUCUAUACAAUUGGAAAUGUAGCAUCACUUUGCAGCACAAUGUUUCUCAUGGGGCCUCUUAAGCAGUUAAAAAGAAUGUUUGAAGCCACUCGGUUGUUUGCAACAAUUAUUAUGUUGGUUUGUUUGGUGCUAACUUUAUGUUCUGCUCUUUGGUGGAAGAUUAAAGGACUUGCAUUACUGUUUUGCUUAUUGCAGUUUGUGGCAAUGACAUGGUACAGCAUUUCAUACAUUCCAUUUGCAAGGGACGCUGUGAAAAAAUGUUUUACCAUGUGCAUAUCAUAAACAACACAUAUGAAGACGGCAAUUUGGAUUAUGUUAUCAGCCAUCACAAUUUUCAUCAAUCUUAAUUAUGUUACCAGCCAUCAUCACUUUUAAUUUUUUUAUAAACUGGUUCAUUUAUUAUUUUUUUACAUCUGAUCAGCAGUUCUUUUUUUUUUUUUCUUUGUUUUAAUUUCUAGCUAAGAUGAAUUUAUAUGUAUUCAUAAUAAUAUGGAAAACAUGUAUUUCUUUCUCUCAGUGAUGCCAAGAGGAAACCAAUACAA